AUGAAUGCAGAUUUUCUAAUAGCAGCCUUGGGGAGGCCCAUGCACCCUGGCAUGCUGUAUAAUGCUCGCAACGACACAGUUAUUCCAGGACUGAAACUAUGGGAUGAUGCAGACAUGCAAAAGGUGCUGAGGAUCAAGGGGCAGCAGAACACCAGCUUUAACGUGACUGCGUCCGACUCCUUUUCCAAGAAAUCCAAACUGCUUGAAGUCAGCGCAAGACUGAAGGCCAGCUUCCUGUCCGGGAUGGUGGAGGUGGAGGGGAGCGCCCAUUACCUGAAGGACAGGACCACGUCCAGGCACCAGUGCAGGGUCACUUUGCAAUAUAAAGAAACCACCGUGUUCAAGGAGCUGAUGACGCUGGAGAUGGACAUCAAACACCCAGAUGUCUUUGAGAAAAAUGAGGCCACGCAUGUCGUCACGGCAGUGCUUUAUGGGGCAGAGGCCUUCAUGGUGUUUGACCAGAUGGCAGAGGACAUCCAACAAAAGCAAGAGAUCCUAGGUGAGCUGAAAGUCAGCGUUAGGAAAAUACCGCUGGUUGAAAUCUCAGGUGAGGGCAAGGUGGUCAUCAACGAGAAUGAGCGGAAAAAGGUCAAGAAGUUCAAAUGCACUUUCCACGGUGACUUCAAACUGAAGGAAAACCCGUCUUCCUAUGAAGAAGCUGCCAUUGUGUACAAGAGUUUACCAACGAUGCUGGGCCAGAAAGGGGAGGCCGCGGUACCCAUCAAAGUCUGGCUGUACCCUCUGAAAAACAUAGAUCCCAAGGCUGCCCAGCUGAUUCGCGAGGUGAACUCCACUCUAGUGGCCGCCUUCGAAGCUGCGAUGGAGGAUCUUCACAAAGCGCAGACCCGAGUCCGCGACCUGAUAAAGGUGAGCAAACUCAUUCCAUUGUCUGAGAUCACAGCCAAACUGGAGGUCUUCCAAAUGAAGCUGAGAGGAUACACCGUGGUGCUGAAGAGGAAAGUGCUCGAUGUUCUCCCAGAAAUCAGGGGGGGCACGAUGGAGGAGACUGCCUUCGAAGAGAUCCUGAAGUUCCACCAUGAAUCCUCUUUCACUAAGAAAAUGAUGACAGAGUGGCUGGAUGAAAAAGAAACAGAGAUGGGCAUUGUGUCCUCUUAUAUUCAGCUCAUGAAGGGCAUCCCAGUCGUGCCGCCAGGGCCCAAUCUGCACAAAGUCCUUUACCACCCAAAGCUUGAUGCCGUUGCCAUGUUCAGCUUCACUUCGCUCGAGUAUGCCGAGCCGUAUCUGGCCAACCUCGAUGAGUGCCUCCGCUGUGAGAAGUUCAGAAAGAUGGAUGAUGCGAAGGUUGCCACCGAGAAAUCCUUUGUGAAGAACACCGUGCCGUGGUAUGAACAUCCCGAGGCCAUCCCUGCCAUGCGAGUGUGCCUGAGUAACUUUUUCCUAGUGAAGGGCCGCUGCGACAAAAACGCCCUGCACACCGCUCUGAUCAGCUUUGUGUCGGACUCAUCUUACCAAGGAUCCUCCAUCCGUGUGUAUAGAAACGGGAAGUGUGUGAACCCGCAUUAUAAACCUCCAAACACACAGAGGGAGUCGGGGAGAGGCGUCAAUGAUGGCGAUCGCCCAAAAGCAGACGGAGCCCAGGACCCAGGAGACGUCCUGUUCGGGCAGAAUCCCGCACCCAAUCAGCAGACUGGACUAAACCUGGAUCCUCCUGACAGAUUCAGUGGAUCUCAAAACUCAUCUAAAAUCACCUCAACCGAAAAAGAGUUCUGGUGUCCAUAG